AUGACCCGGACUGACUCGUUCAGGCACUGGCAAAGUCCGACAGCUCGUCUCAUGGUAUGCUGGAGGCGAUGGGGGCAAACUACAGUCCGCAAGGAAAAUUGUCAUCCAGCUGAACCAUCUCGACAAAGUCAAGUGAUCAGUCAGAGUUUGGCAGUACCAAAAGGGACCAAUGUACAGGUGUUGUUCAUCAUGGAAAAGGCUGAUGGAGGUGUGAAUGCCGUCGUAAUGAUCGAUCGAAUUUUGAUGAAUGUAAAGAAAUGUAUGCCGAAUGAGGAGAAAAACGAAGCUUCAACGCGGCCGCCAUCAAUCAGCAUACCACCACAACCGCAAAGUAGGGAAAAGAACAUGCAUUUGGCAGCCAGUAGUACUGGGAAAUCCGCUCAACCAGCACCUCCACCUCCCAAAAAGGAUCCAUCGCAACUGACGCUUAUCGACGAUAGCGCACAAGCAAAGGCAUUACAACGUGAAGAUGCUCGGAAGUUAAUCAGACACUUGAUCCAGGAGGCGAAUAUCUCAAAAAUGAAGGACAGGAAAUCAGGAGAAGUCAGAGCCAAGGAAUUCGAACGAGCAGGACGAUCCACUGAAAGGGUGGUGUCCACUGGAGAAAUCUCGUCGCCUGCCACUUUGCUAUCGCCCUCUACUACGAGGAGAUUGCCCUCUAGACUUCCGCACCGAUACAUUCCCGAUAUGGAUCACUCCAAGGAGCUGGUCGGUGGUUCUGCUCCCCCUAUGCCCCCACCGUCUCCACUGUCAAAACCGGAAGAAUUUGAUCCCUUAACGGACCUUCUUGGCAAGGAAUUGGUGGACUUCCUUGAUCCAAACUAUGUGACAAAGGACGAUGAGGAGGAGGUCGAUUAUUCUGACGGG